AUGAGGGAUGACUUGCGCUUCAGCAAAGAGGGAAAACUGAAACAGAGGUACUUAGGUCCCUUUGAGAUUCUUGGGAGAAUCGAGACCUUAGUGUAUCGUCUUGCAUUGCUACCGAGAUUGGCGCAAGUGCACGACGUUUUUCAUGUGUUGAGGUUGAGGACGUAUGAGCCUGACCCGACCCACGCGCUAAAUCUUCAAGAAUUAGACGUGGACGACCGAGUAUCGUACGUGAAAAGCCCGAUUCAGAUCGUGAAUAAGAAAGAUUGGACUCGGCGAACCAAGAUAGUCCCCUUGGUCGAAGUGGUCUGA